CCCUUUGUUCGGUGCGGUAACUGGUCCAUGUUCUGUGCCUUUGAGAAGCCAAGACGAUGGGCAUUACUUCACGUUGUCCCGUAAAACUUAUAAUCCAUUUACCGGUGAAGAUAAAGGAUCCUGGCGUAAAAAAGUAAAAUCGAAGCGCUUGGACUUCGAAGAAAAAUACGUGAAAGGUUCCAGUAACCAGAAAAAAAGACCCGCAAAUUAUCAUUACGAUGGUUAUGAUAAUAACGGAGAGUCCAGCACCAGCAGAGGCGCACCCACGAAUUGCGACGAACCAAUGUCAACCAAGUUGGCAGAUGCGUUGAGCAUAGUCACCAACAACAAGGGAAAAG